AUGACCUGCAAGAGAAGAAACAACGGACGUAACAAGCACGGCCGUGGUCAUGUCAAGUUUGUGCGCUGCAUUAACUGCUCCAAGUGCUGCCCCAAGGAUAAGGCUAUCAAGCGUUUCACCAUCCGUAACAUGGUCGAGGCUGCUGCCGUCCGUGAUCUUCAGGAGGCCUCCAUUUACGAGGAGUACACCAUCCCCAAGUUGUACGUCAAGUUGCACUACUGCAUCUCGUGCGCUAUCCACGCUCGUGUUGUCCGUGUUCGUUCCGUCAAGGACCGCAAGAACCGUGCUCCUCCCCCGAGAUUCAGAUUCGCUAAGAAAGUAAAUGUCUUGAAGAUUACUGCUGCUCCCAAGGCAUAA